AUGUCAUCAUCAUCAUCAUCAUUAUCAUCAUCAUCAGCAGUAGUAGCAAAUAAAAGUCUUAUCGAUAUAGAUCAUGAUAAUAAUAUCAUAUCAACAACAAUUAAUUCAUUGACAACAAGUUCAUUUUCUAAUAUGAGUUUGUCACAUACAUCAUUACCAACAACACAACAAGAAUAUUCAACAUUAAAUAUUAUGAUGAUUAUUGGAUGUAUAAUUGCUGGAAUUCUUAUGAUGAUUAUUAUUUAUAUAAUAUUUAAACAUUGUUGUAAUCGUGAUAAAGGUUCAUAUAAAAUUGAUGAAAGUAAAAAUUUUACUAUAAAAUCUCAUUUGGAUAAUCAUAAUACUAGUGGUUGUACUGGUAAAAUAUUAUUAUCAAACCAUCAUCAUCGACAAAAUUUAAUAACAACAAAUGAAGAAAAUAUUAUUGAUUCGAAAGAAUGGUAUGUGUAA